AUGAAUUUUGAUGAUAGUGGAUUUUUUGGUCAACGCACCACCGGUGCGGAACAAGCCGAUAAUCAGCCGAGUCAACCCCAAUCGGGUGCUCAGAAUUUGUCCCGAUUUUUUGGAGAGUUUAUCAGAAGAACAGAAAACAACGAUGAAACUCUACCAGACUCAGGAAACCCAUUACAGGAACGGCCCCAGGUGAAUAUAGACAUCGGUAUUCCAUCAAAUAGUGGAGCUAACACCACUAUGGAAAAUGCAAGUGCAACUAUAUCCGUAUCUCAGUUAGAACAAAGUCUUUUUUCUAACAGAAUUCAGCCAGGAAUGGUACAACAGCAAUUUCCUGUUAAUGAUCACAAAGAAGAGCAUCCAGUAAUAUUCGAAGCCUUAGAGAUGGAUAUAACAGAGUUUAAGCCUGUGAAUACAUCUAAGGAGCAUGUAUAUAGUAUUAAUGAGCUCCUUGAAUUAUCCAAAGAAAUUCCAAAACAUACAAUAGAGUCAAUCUCCUCUAUGCUUCCCAAAAAGAAAUUUUGGAGACUUUACCAAAAACACUCUGAGCCACGGUCAGGAAAUAAUAAGACUAGAGGUACUGAUAACUCAUUUGAUAAGAAGAACGCAAAAGGUAAAGGCCAGAAACUUUCGAAUACGAAAAAAUUUGGUAACAAAUUUGGCAGAAAUGACAGGUCUGGAUAUGUGGAGGAAAAUGAUAUUAAUACUAAUAAUGAUGAUUUGAUAGCUCUUGAAGAAGAAAUUGGUAGUGCGCCAAACUCAAUGAUGGACUUCGAAGCUUGGAAAGCAAAGAUGAAGGAAAUGGAGCGCAGAAAAAAAGGCCUUGGUGGUUCAGUUGAUUCAAUAAAUCCUACAGGUGGCGAUAUUCCUUCCAGGUCAUCAUCGGCACUAAACCACAAUCAUAUAUCUGAAGCUGGUACUAAUUCCAUUAGUGAGUUCCUAAAUAUUUCCUCUUCAAAGAUAGUAAGCAAUCCUGAGAAUGAAUUAUCCUUACAAGGUGAUGAUACUGAAAUACAAAUGAACAAUAGUCCAGAUGUUGCUGUUGAAAAUGAAAUUUCAACUAGAGAAUCAUCAACUACUGACCUAACUCAGAUUGAUGAAAACAGAAAGGGUGGUUCUUCCCGUUUCUCAUCUUUUUUUUCUACAACUUCUAAAAGUAAGACCAAAGAUGUUGGUCCUAUAAUUGAAAGUCAUCCAAAUGUGACGACUGCUGAUUCUAGUCCUGUGAAGCAACAAGGAAGUUCCACAGGGGGUUCUCGAUUGAUGUCAUUCUUUGAUAAUAAGGAAAAGAAUGUAUCAAGUAAUUUACAGUUAAAUUCCUCAAAUUCCUCACCAAAAUUAAGCAUGCUAUCAUCAAAAAAGGAGGAAAAUGCCAAUCAAGGUAAUAUGAGAAUGGAGCCACUAAAUUCAUCGAUGCAUCCUCAUAUUGAUAACCAUAAUAUCACACGUCAAGGUCAGAAUAUGCCUCCCAUCAAUAGGCAGGAUUCAGAUCGACAACAUACUGCGCCUACACAAAUUAUGCCUGGUAUGGUAUUUCCUCCUAACCCACAAAACAAUAGUUCUUUUUUUCAAGAUUUGUUGAGUAAAGGUAAGACUAAUGAUCACAUUAGAUCCAGCAUGCCUCCCCCGGGAUUAAUGCACCCUGGAUCGGGCAAUAAUUCUUCCAAUAUGGGCAAUCAAAGAAUGAUGCCAAUGGGAAUGCCACCACCAGGAUAUCCAAUGGGAAUGCCACCACCAAACAUGAUGCCAGGUCCAGGAAUGCCUGGGUUCCCUCUAAAUAAUCGUGGUCAACCUCUUGGUCAGAUUCCUCAAAGUAAGCCAGCAGACUCCAAGGAUGGAAAUAUCGAUAAUUUGCAACGGGGCAAUAACGUAAAUAUGAAAGGUCCUCAAUUUAUGCAGAAUAUGCCUCCACCACCCGGCUUUGCUCCGUUACCUAACAUUCCAAUGGGUUUUCCUAGUGGUCAAUUUCCACCUGGUAUGGGUCCACCUCCCAUGAAUCAAACAAACUUCGGUAAGAACCCCAUGAAUGUUCCUGCUUCCAACCCUUAUGCUGAAAAUCAGAAAUCAGCAAUGGAUAAUAACAACCAGCAGGCAUUCAAAAGGUAG